AUGGCGCUCCACAGUGAACCCCGCGUACGGCUCGGCUACGGCUUGGCGGCGCCCUUGGACGUCAUGCAGCAGCACCACCAUCACCAUCACUUCAUGAGCGAGCCGUCCCCCCAACCGGCCGCUCCGCCGCCGCAGCAGCAGCCACAACCGCCCGCCGCAGCCACCACCCCCGAACCGCACAUCAAGCGGCCCAUGAACGCCUUCAUGGUGUGGUCGCGCAUCCAACGCCGAAAGAUCGCGCUGGACAACCCCAAGAUGCACAACAGCGAGAUCUCCAAGCGGCUGGGCGCCGAGUGGAAGCUGCUGAGCGAGUCUGAGAAGCGCCCGUUCAUCGACGAGGCCAAGCGGCUGCGCGCCAUGCACAUGAAGGAGCACCCGGACUACAAGUACCGGCCGCGCCGCAAGCCCAAACCGCCCGUGCCCGGGGUGGGCAAGCUGCCAGCCGCCGGGGGCGCGUUCGCCAGCUUCGCCCUGCCGCCGUACUUCGCCAACCCGGCCGCCGUGGCGCCGUCCCACCACCACCACCCGCUGGACACGCUGUCGGCCUACCCGCACCUCUCGCCGUACUUCGGGUCGGCGUUCGACGCCGUGCACUUCUCCAAGCUGGUGGGCGGCCAGCCACCGCAGAUGCAGCCGCAGCAGUCGCCCUCGGACGGGAAGAGCUCGCCGGGCUCGGCCGCCGCCGCCGCGGCCGCCGUCGUCUCGUCCUUCUACUCGUCGCUGUACGGGCAGAAGACGUCCCCGACGUACAGCACGGCGGCGUCGGCCCAGGCCGGCCAGAUGCAGCCGCCGCACCACCUGGCCGGGGCGCUGUACGCGCCCGCGCCGCCGCUGCUCUACCAGGGCCGCCUCAGCCCCAGUUCGAGCCCCGUCGGCAGCGACUCGCCCCACGGCGCCAGCGCCGGCCUCGACAUGGAGCAGCUGCGGAGGCCCGUCUCCGUUAUCUACUAA